CCCGCCCCCCUGCAGGAGGGAGGUGCCCCCGAGUCUCCCCUCCCGCGAGAGGGGCCGCGCGGGCUGGGCCGGGCCGGGCUGGAGCAGCGGCGGCCGCGGGAGCCGAGCCUGCAGCGAGGGACCGGCUGAGACGCGCGGGAGGGAAGAAGGCAAGGGCUCCGCGGCGCUGUCGCCGCCGACGCCGCUCACUCUCGGGGAAGAGAUGGCGGCGGAGCGGGGAGCCCGGCGACUCCUCAGCACCUCCUCCUUGUGGCUCUACUGCCUGCUGCUGCUCGGGCGCCGGACGCCGGGCGCCGCGGCCGCCAGGAGCGGCUCCGCGCCGCAGUCCCCAGGAGCCAACAUUAGAACGUUCACGCCAUUUUAUUUUCUGGUGGAGCCGGUGGAUACACUGUCAGUUAGAGGCUCUUCUGUUAUAUUAAACUGUUCAGCAUAUUCUGAGCCUUCUCCAAAAAUUGAAUGGAAAAAAGAUGGAACUUUUUUAAAUUUAGUAUCAGAUGAUCGACGCCAGCUUCUCCCAGAUGGAUCUUUAUUUAUCAGCAACGUGGUGCAUUCCAAGCACAAUAAACCUGAUGAAGGUUAUUAUCAGUGUGUGGCCACUGUUGAGAGUCUUGGAACUAUUGUCAGUAGAACAGCCAAGCUCACAGUAGCAGGUCUUCCAAGAUUUACCAGCCAACCAGAACCUUCCUCAGUUUAUGCUGGGAACAGCGCAAUUCUGAAUUGUGAAGUUAAUGCAGAUUUGGUCCCGUUUGUGAGGUGGGAACAGAACAGACACCCCCUUCUUCUGGAUGAUAGAGUUAUCAAACUUCCAAGUGGAAUGCUGGUUAUCAGCAAUGCAACUGAAGGAGAUGGCGGGCUUUAUCGCUGCAUAGUGGAAAGUGGUGGGCCACCAAAGUAUAGUGAUGAAGUUGAAUUGAAGGUUCUUCCAGAUACUGAGGUGACAUCAGACUUGGUGUUUUUGAAACAGCCUUCUCCCUUAGUCAGAGUCAUUGGUCAGGAUGUAGUGUUGCCAUGUGUUGCUUCAGGACUUCCUACUCCGACCAUUAAAUGGAUGAAAAAUGAGGAGGCACUUGAUACAGAGAGUUCUGAAAGAUUGGUAUUGCUGGCAGGUGGUAGCCUGGAGAUCAGUGAUGUUACUGAGGAUGAUGCUGGGACUUAUUUUUGUAUAGCUGAUAAUGGAAAUGAGACAAUUGAAGCUCAAGCAGAACUUACAGUACAAGCUCAACCUGAAUUCCUGAAGCAACCUACUAAUAUAUAUGCUCACGAAUCUAUGGAUAUUGUAUUUGAAUGUGAAGUGACUGGAAAACCAACUCCAACUGUGAAGUGGGUCAAAAAUGGGGAUAUGGUUAUCCCAAGUGAUUACUUUAAGAUUGUAAAGGAACAUAAUCUUCAAGUUUUGGGUCUGGUGAAAUCAGAUGAAGGGUUCUAUCAGUGCAUUGCUGAAAAUGAUGUUGGAAAUGCACAAGCUGGAGCCCAACUGAUAAUCCUUGAACAUGCACCAGCCACAACGGGACCAUUGCCUUCAGCUCCUCGGGAUGUCGUGGCCUCCCUGGUCUCUACCCGCUUCAUCAAAUUGACAUGGCGGACACCUGCAUCAGAUCCUCAUGGAGACAACCUUACCUACUCUGUGUUCUACACCAAGGAAGGGAUUGCUAGGGAACGUGUUGAGAAUACCAGUCGCCCAGGAGAAAUGCAGGUAACCAUUCAAAACCUAAUGCCAGCGACUGUGUACAUCUUUAGAGUUAUGGCUCAAAAUAAGCAUGGCUCCGGAGAGAGUUCAGCUCCACUGCGAGUAGAAACGCAACCUGAGGUUCAGCUCCCUGGCCCAGCACCUAACAUUCGUGCAUAUGCAACCUCGCCUACCUCCAUCACUGUUACGUGGGAAACACCAGUGUCUGGCAAUGGGGAAAUUCAGAAUUAUAAAUUGUACUACAUGGAAAAGGGGACAGAUAAAGAACAGGAUGUUGAUGUUUCAAGUCACUCUUUCACCAUUAAUGGGUUGAAAAAAUAUACAGAGUAUAGUUUCCGAGUGGUGGCCUACAAUAAACAUGGUCCUGGAGUCUCCACACAAGAUGUUGCUGUUCGAACAUUGUCAGAUGUUCCCAGUGCUGCUCCUCAGAAUCUGUCCUUGGAAGUGAGAAAUUCAAAGAGUAUUAUGAUUCACUGGCAGCCACCUGCUCCAGCCACACAAAAUGGGCAGAUUACUGGCUACAAGAUUCGCUACCGAAAGGCCUCCCGAAAGAGUGAUGUCACUGAGACCUUGGUAAGCGGGACACAGCUGUCUCAGCUGAUUGAAGGUCUCGAUCGGGGGACUGAGUAUAAUUUCCGUGUCGCUGCUCUAACAAUCAAUGGUACCGGCCCAGCAACUGACUGGCUGUCUGCUGAAACUUUUGAAAGUGACCUAGAUGAAACUCGUGUUCCUGAAGUGCCUAGCUCUCUUCACGUACGCCCGCUUGUCACUAGCAUCGUAGUGAGCUGGACUCCUCCGGAGAAUCAGAACAUUGUGGUCAGAGGUUAUGCCAUUGGUUAUGGCAUUGGCAGCCCUCAUGCCCAGACCAUCAAAGUGGACUAUAAACAGCGCUAUUACACCAUUGAAAAUCUGGAUCCCAGCUCUCACUAUGUGAUUACCCUGAAAGCAUUUAAUAAUGUGGGUGAAGGCAUCCCGCUGUACGAGAGUGCUGUGACCAGGCCUCACACAGACACUUCUGAAGUUGAUUUAUUUGUUAUUAAUGCUCCAUACACUCCAGUGCCAGAUCCCACUCCCAUGAUGCCACCAGUGGGAGUUCAGGCUUCCAUUCUGAGUCAUGACACCAUAAGGAUUACGUGGGCAGACAACUCACUGCCCAAGCACCAGAAGAUUACAGACUCCCGAUACUACACCGUCCGAUGGAAAACCAACAUCCCGGCAAACACCAAGUACAAGAAUGCAAAUGCAACCACUCUGAGUUAUUUGGUGACUGGUUUAAAACCGAAUACACUGUAUGAAUUCUCUGUGAUGGUGACCAAAGGUCGAAGAUCAAGCACAUGGAGUAUGACAGCACAUGGGACCACCUUUGAAUUAGUUCCAACUUCUCCACCCAAGGAUGUGACUGUUGUGAGUAAAGAGGGGAAACCUAAGACUAUAAUUGUGAAUUGGCAGCCUCCCUCCGAAGCCAAUGGCAAAAUUACAGGUUACAUCAUCUAUUACAGUACAGAUGUGAAUGCAGAGAUACAUGACUGGGUUAUAGAGCCUGUUGUGGGAAACAGACUGACUCACCAGAUACAAGAGUUAACUCUUGACACACCAUACUACUUCAAAAUCCAGGCACGGAACUCAAAGGGCAUGGGACCCAUGUCUGAAGCUGUCCAAUUCAGAACACCUAAAGCGGACUCCUCUGAUAAAAUGCCUAAUGAUCAAGCCUCAGGGUCUGGAGGGAAAGGAAGCCGGCUGCCAGACCUAGGAUCCGACUACAAACCUCCAAUGAGUGGCAGUAACAGCCCUCAUGGGAGCCCCACCUCUCCUCUGGACAGUAAUAUGCUGCUGGUCAUAAUUGUUUCUGUUGGCGUCAUCACCAUCGUGGUGGUUGUGAUUAUCGCUGUCUUUUGCACCCGUCGUACCACCUCUCACCAGAAAAAGAAGCGAGCUGCCUGCAAAUCAGUGAAUGGCUCUCAUAAGUACAAAGGGAAUUCCAAAGAUGUGAAACCUCCAGAUCUCUGGAUCCAUCAUGAGAGACUGGAGCUGAAACCCAUUGAUAAGUCUCCAGACCCAAACCCCAUCAUGACUGAUACUCCAAUUCCUCGCAACUCUCAAGAUAUCACACCAGUUGACAACUCCAUGGACAGCAAUAUCCAUCAAAGGCGAAAUUCAUACAGAGGGCAUGAGUCAGAGGACAGCAUGUCUACACUGGCUGGAAGGCGGGGAAUGAGACCAAAAAUGAUGAUGCCCUUUGACUCCCAGCCACCCCAGCCUGUGAUUAGUGCCCAUCCCAUCCAUUCCCUCGAUCACCCUCACCAUCAUUUCCACUCCAGCAGCCUCGCUUCUCCAGCUCGCAGUCAUCUCUACCACCCGGGCAGCCCAUGGCCCAUUGGCACAUCCAUGUCCCUUUCAGACAGGGCCAAUUCCACAGAAUCCGUUCGAAAUACCCCCAGCACUGACACCAUGCCAGCCUCCUCGUCUCAAACAUGCUGCACUGAUCACCAGGACCCUGAAGGUGCUACCAGCUCCUCUUACUUGGCCAGCUCCCAAGAGGAAGAUUCAGGCCAGAGUCUUCCCACUGCCCAUGUUCGCCCUUCCCACCCAUUGAAGAGCUUCGCCGUGCCAGCAGUCCCGCCUCCAGGACCGCCCACCUAUGAUCCUGCAUUGCCAAGCACACCGUUACUAUCCCAGCAAGCUCUGAACCAUCACAUUCACUCAGUGAAGACAGCCUCCAUCGGGACUCUAGGAAGGAGCCGGCCUCCUAUGCCAGUGGUUGUUCCCAGUGCCCCUGAAGUGCAGGAGACCACAAGGAUGUUGGAAGACUCCGAGAGUAGCUAUGAACCAGAUGAGCUGACCAAAGAGAUGGCCCACCUGGAAGGACUAAUGAAGGACCUAAACGCUAUCACGACAGCAUGACGACCUUCACCAGGACAUGGCUUCAAACCUGAGUCUGGAAGUCUUGGAACUUACCCUUGAAAACAAGAAAUUGUACAGAGUACGAGAGGACAGCACUUGAGAACACAGAAUGAGCCAGCAGACUGGCCAGCGCCUCUGUGUAGGGCUGGCUCCAGGCAUGGCCACCUGCCUUCCCCUGGUCAGCCUGGAAGAAGCCUGUGUUGAGGCAGCUUCCCUUUGCCUGCUGAUAUUCUGCAGGACUGGGCACCAUGGGCCAAAAUUUUGUGUCCAGGGAAGAAGCGAGAAGUGCAACCUGCAUUUCACUUUGUGGUCAGGCUGUGUCUUCGUGCUGUGACUGCAUCACCUUUAUGGAGUGUAGACAUUGGCAUUUAUGUACAAUUUUAUUUGUGUCUUAUUUUAUUUUACCUUCAAAAACAAAAACGCCAUCCAAAACCGAGAAAGUCCGUGGUGUUCUCCACAAGUGGUUGACAUUUGACUGCUUGUUCCAAUUAUGUAUGGAAAGUCAUUGACAGUGUGGGUUGUUCCUGGGGUUGGCUUGUUUUUUGGUUUUGUUUUCAUUUUUUAAUUCUGAGUCAUUGCAUCCUCUGCCAGCUGUUAAUCCAUCAGAGGGGGAGGAAAUGUUGCAUUGCUGUUUGUAAGCUUUUUUAUUAUUUUUUUAUUAUAAUUAUUAAAGGCCUGACUCUUUCCUCUCAUCACUGUGAGAUCACAGAUCUAUUUGAAUUGAAUGAAAUGUAACAUUGAAAAGACUUGUUUGUUGCUUUCUGUGCAGUUUCAGUAUUGGGGCAGGGUGGGGGGCUGGGGGUUGGUAAUAGGAAAUGGAGGGGCUGCUGAGGUCCUGUGAAUGUUUCCGUCAUUGUACUUUCUUCCAGAAGCCUGCAGAGAAUGGAAGCAUCUUCUUUACUGUCGUUUCCUGGCAUGUCCAUCCUUAUUGUCACUACGUUGCAACUGGAGUUUGAUUUGGAUCUGGUUUUAAAAUUCUUCUGUGCAAUAGGUGGGUUUGAGGAUUUAGCAGCCCUGAUGUCUUGGUCAUAGCCUGGUAAGAAUGUCCAUGCUGAGGAGACGGGUGUUGUAUUUCUAAUUGCCUGAGUCACACAGAGUAGGGUAAGAGCCUGACCCUGUUCUGUAAAUCAGAAAGCAAGGAUGGAGAUCCUUUCCUGCUGCUAUUAUUGGCUCUCUUUGAGGAAGUUGGAGGUUAAGGAAGGAACUUUGUUUCCACGUAAGACUCCUCCUCCUCUCUAGUUCCAGUCUUCAGCCAGUCCGGCGCGCUCUUCCACACUUCAGAACCCCUUCAGAGAAAGCAUUAGCAGGAGGAGUGAGACAAGGCAGAGCUGCAGUGCCCCCUGAGGCUUCCACACAUCUUUCUGAAUAUUAUUUUUCAAGUAACAAGGGACAGAGACAGCGGGAGCAGCUGCCCCCCUCCCCUGUCCCAGCAGCUCAGCUAGGCCCUGAUGAGGAGGAGGCCACAGGAGUUUUCUGAGGUGAACCCAACGGCUCAGCCACACUUGGAAGCCAUUGCCUUUGCACAUAGUUCUUGGGUUCUUUUUCCUAAAAAGGUAAGGAGCUGAGGUGUGUGGUUUUUUAAUAUUAAGAAUAUAUAAUGGAAAACAUAAGACUGAUGCUCAGGCAUCUUCCUCUACUCCCCAACAGAUCCCCAGAAGACGGUGUGGAAGGCAGUGUAGACAGUAAAUCGGGCUUCAGUUCCAUAGCCAAGAAGAGAGCAGCUGCUGAAACCACCAGUGGGUACCCCAGGUCACCUGCCUUUGAACUUGGGGAUUUCCCACUUUUGGAUCUUACCACAUAUUUGCUUUUUCACAAGAUGAACUCUUUGUAUUUAUGAUUUGGAGGGCAAUGAAAGGUGCAAUGCGGGAACUCCUGCUGCCAAGCUAGCUGGUCGCGUGGGGGUGCCAGGCGGGAUUCUGGAAAACCAGUGCACUUAAACUGAUCUUGAAGAGAGCUGUCCAAGCACUCUGGCCACCAGGAGGGCCAGGUUCCCCAGAAACUACCUUGUGCCCAAAGAACAUGCUCAGUAUUUGGGGCAUUUCGUCCCACGAACCCUGACCUUCUGUUACCUCAGGGCCUUGGUACCUGGAUACUGCCACAGAAUUGGGGCGGGUGGGGGAGGGGCCUAUUUUUCAAUAAAAUAACUGUUCAAAGUUGGGGGUUUUUUUAAAAAUUAAAAAGGAAAGCUAUUCUGUAUUGCACCUUUUCACAAUUUAAUACAUUUUCUUACAUUUUCCUGUGAUUUUUGAAACUAAACCAUUGCGUGUCUGUAGCGUCCUAGUUGAGCUGCUGCUCAGCGGCUUCCUCGGGGGAUGUGGAACGCCUGUGUCUGUCGCCGCACUGCCUGCGGGAGGGGCGCAGAGGGCUGCUGGGACUGGCGUCUGUACACACUUGUUUGGCCUUUUCUGUAGUUGAUGCUGUAAACUCUAUGGCUUUUUAAAAACGAUUUCAUGUUUUUAUUUAGUAUUGGAAAUCCAAUACACUUUUUUAAUCCAAUCAAA